AUGGCAUUUGACAAACCAGGAAGAGGAGGCAAAAGCUUCAGAGGAAAGAGCAGAAGCUCUUACGUGGAUAUGCGUGAGACAAAAUCUAGGGAUAUCAAGAAAGCAUUAACUCAUAGAGCCAGAUUGAGAAAGAGUUACUUCAAAUUGUUAGAAAAGGAAGGAAUGAGCACUCCAAGAGAUGAAAUAGAUAACACUAGCAUUUACCAAUUAGAGAGUGGCGAAGACGAAGCAGAUCAAAUACAAGAAAGAAGAGAAAGAAAACCUUUGCCAAAACAGGAAAAGGUGAAACCUAUGAACUUUGCUGAAAGGGCCAAGAUAGCCAAGCAGAGAAAGGAAGAAAACAGAAAGGCAAAGUUGGAAGAUGUAAGAGAAAGACGCCAAACCAUAGAAAGAAAGAAUAGAGAGAGGGAAAAGAGAAAAGAAAGAAUAUCCCAGACCACCAAGACUGGACAACCACGUAUGGGUCCUAGAAUCAAUAAUUUAUUGGACAAAAUCAAGAAGGAUAUGUGA